GGUACCGCAUUGCUGUAGAUGGAGGGAGUGGGGAGGGACUGCAUUGCGCCGCCGCCGUCCGUCCGUCCGCCUCCCUCCCUCCCUCCCUCCCUUCCCGGCCCCAUAAAGCCUCCGGAGCCCAAGCUGGCAGCCUCUGCCCUCCCAGACCUCCGCUGCCGCCUCCUCCGGUCGCAGCUGCUGCUCCUGCUCAGCUUUCCAUCCCUUUAGCACAAGCCCAGACCGAGCGCAAACAUGGGGAAGGAGAAAACCCACAUCAACAUUGUCGUCAUCGGACAUGUGGACUCUGGCAAAUCUACCACCACCGGACAUCUCAUCUACAAAUGCGGGGGGAUCGACAAAAGGACCAUUGAGAAAUUCGAGAAGGAAGCUGCUGAGAUGGGGAAGGGUUCCUUCAAGUACGCCUGGGUCCUGGACAAGCUGAAGGCUGAGCGUGAGCGGGGCAUCACCAUCGACAUCUCCCUCUGGAAAUUCGAGACCAACAAGUACUACAUCACCAUCAUUGAUGCACCUGGACACAGAGACUUCAUCAAGAACAUGAUCACAGGGACUUCACAGGCCGACUGCGCUGUCCUAAUUGUGGCGGCUGGAGUGGGUGAAUUUGAAGCUGGCAUCUCCAAAAACGGGCAAACCCGUGAGCAUGCCCUCCUGGCCUACACUUUGGGCGUCAAGCAGCUCAUUGUAGGCAUUAACAAGAUGGACUCCACAGAGCCCCCUUAUAGUGAGAAGCGUUACGAUGAAAUUGUCAAGGAGGUCAGCGCAUACAUCAAGAAGAUUGGCUACAACCCGUCGACUGUUCCCUUCGUGCCCAUCUCUGGCUGGCACGGUGACAACAUGUUGGAGCCUUCUCCCAAUAUGCCUUGGUUCAAAGGAUGGAAAGUGGAACGCAAGGAAGGGAACGCCAGUGGGGUGUCCCUCCUGGAAGCUCUGGAUACCAUCUUGCCCCCCACCCGCCCCACAGACAAACCUCUGCGCCUCCCUCUUCAGGAUGUCUACAAGAUUGGAGGAAUUGGGACUGUGCCGGUGGGCCGUGUAGAGACUGGGAUCCUGAGACCCGGCAUGGUGGUGACUUUUGCCCCCGUGAACAUCACCACAGAGGUCAAGUCUGUGGAGAUGCACCACGAGGCCCUGAGCGAGGCUUUGCCAGGGGACAAUGUUGGCUUCAACGUCAAGAACGUCUCCGUGAAGGACAUCCGUCGUGGCAACGUCUGUGGGGACAGCAAAUCCGACCCGCCUCAGGAGGCAGCACAGUUCACUUCUCAGGUGAUCAUCUUGAACCACCCCGGCCAGAUCAGCGCUGGAUAUUCCCCUGUCAUUGACUGCCACACUGCCCACAUUGCUUGCAAAUUUGCCGAGCUGAAGGAGAAGAUCGACCGCCGCUCUGGCAAGAAGUUGGAAGACAACCCCAAAUCCCUGAAGUCUGGAGACGCUGCCAUUGUGGAGAUGAUCCCGGGAAAGCCCAUGUGUGUGGAGAGCUUCUCCCAGUACCCACCUUUGGGGCGCUUUGCUGUGCGCGACAUGCGGCAGACGGUGGCCGUGGGUGUCAUCAAGAACGUGGAGAAGAAGAGCGGUGGUGCCGGCAAGGUCACCAAGUCAGCCCAGAAGGCCCAGAAGGCUGGCAAAUGAAUCGUAGACGCCCAGUGCCUCGCUCAGAAACCAUCCUUACCACCGGGAUGCCGUCACCUUCUCCCCGAGGCGCAUGUGUGCACAUCUGCUUGUAAGAGUUUGUAUGUCAACGACUGGAUGCUCACUAUUAAGGUCCAGUGGAAGUUCUUUAAAAGGAAAAGCAUGUCCCAGCGUUCGUGAGGCUUUGUGUUAAAAUUUUACCAAUAAAACUGGUACAACAUCCACAUCGAAAACAA